AUUACUUCAAUGUCCGUCAAAGAAAUCCUCACCAGCCUCGUCGAUGAUGGAAUGGUGGACACAGAUAAAAUCGGAACCUCUGUGUAUUUCUGGGCCUUUCCCAGUAAAGCAAGUCAAAAUCGAAAACGAAAACUUGAUGAUUUGACAAACAAGAUCAAAGAAUUGAAUGAAAGAAAGCAGUUUUUGGAGGACAGUGUAAAAAAAGCCAAAGUUGGAAAGGAAGAUACUGACAAAAGAUCUGAAAUCCUCUCUGAGUUGGAGGAGAAAAAACAGGAAAAAGCUUCCUUACAGAAGGAGAUUGAGAAAUAUCGGGAAUGUGAUCCAGAGGUGUUAGAGGCAGUAGUCAAACAAACCGGGGAGGCUAAAGAGGCAGCUAAUCGCUGGACAGAUAAUGUUUUCUCCAUAAAGUCGUGGAUUAAAAAUAAAUUCCAGUUUGAGGAAAGCGUGAUUGAUAAACAGUUUGGAAUUCCAGAUGAUUUUGACUAUAUUGAAUAAUCCUUCAUUUAAUAUUGAUGAUUAUUAUUGUUAUAUUACAAGUGUUUGAUGUGAUAUUUUUAUGUUUGCCUGUUUUCUAAUUAAAAAAUAA